CAGCGCCAAACACACCUUACAGACAUCGAGUUCUGUCGGAAAUCCCCGAAACUCAUCCAAUAGGCGAUCGAGAUGGAAACCAGAGAACCAGAGGUUAUCAGGGAUAAAGAAGCAAUGAGAAGAUGGUCAAGAGGCGUGAGAUCGCAAGGGAAGACGAUUGGUUUGGUGCCCACAAUGGGUUUUCUCCACGACGGUCACUUAUCUCUCGUCCAUCAAUCCCUGUCCCUCGCCGACGUCACCGUCGUCUCAAUCUACGUCAACCCCGGCCAGUUUUCUCCCUCCGAGGACCUCUCUACUUACCCAUCUGAUUUCUCCGGCGAUCUCGCCAAACUCGCCGCCAUUUCCUCCUCUGUCUCCGAUGCCAUAGUCGUAUUCAACCCGAGAAACCUCUACGACUACGACGGAGAUCACGGCGGGAGGAAGAAGACAAACGGCGGCGUCGGCGGGAGGGUGGUGAGUUGUGUGGAGGAGGGUGGGUUAGGGCACGAGACUUGGGUUAGAGUUGAGAGAUUGGAGAAGGUUUUGUGCGGGAAGAGCAGGCCUGUGUUCUUUAGAGGUGUCGCUACAAUUGUCACCAAGCUUUUUAAUAUCGUGGAGCCUGACGUUGCUAUGUUUGGCAAAAAAGAUUAUCAGCAAUGGCGGAUUAUCCAGAGAAUGGUUCGAGAUCUUGAUUUUGGAAUAGAGAUAGUAGGAUCAGAUAUAGCUAGAGAAAAGGAUGGACUUGCGAUGAGCUCUAGGAAUGUUCAUCUCUCAGGUGAAGAAAGGCAAAGGGCGUUAUCUAUAAAUAGGUCACUUUCCAUGGCUAAAGCUUCUGCAGCACAAGGGAAAACAAGUUGUACGGAGCUCAAGGAUAUGAUCAUUCAAGAACUUGUUGGAGUUUCAGCACGAAUCGAUUAUGUCGAGAUUGUUGAUCAAGAAACUCUCGAAGGAGUGGAAGAGAUAAAGAGUGGAGUGGUGAUUUGUGUUGCUGCCUGGUUUGGAACGGUCAGGCUCAUUGACAACAUUGAGAUAAAUGUCGCUGUCUAGAUCUCAUCUCUAGUCCAUUGACGAAGCUUGGAAGCUCUACUAAGCUUAAUGAAUUUGGAUGACAAAAAUGCAUCUGAAGCAUUUAAAAACAGAGGAGGAGGAUGAGGAUGUCAGAGAUUUACCAUAUGUUUGUUUGAAAGAGACAUAUUGGAAGCAGGAUUGAUAUUGGCACAUUUCUUAGUGUCUCCAUUAUAGCCUCUUUCAUCUCAAACAGUGUUUUUUACACCCAUAUUUGGCAUUCUCUACGCAAGUAUGAACAAAUCAUAAUUCACAAGUUGGCUAUGAAGUAUGUCUUUGGUGGUUCUUCGAUUUGGUGUUCGGUCUAAUUGUAUAUUCCAUUA